UUAAAAAAACAAAACUCCCGGAAAGAAAGCGAUGACGUGCAACCAUGAAAGUGACAUAACAUAAUAAUAAAAUGUAACAUAUCUAAUAAAAAGUGAUGUAAACCUGUUUAUUGCUCGCAGGUAAAUGAUGUCAUUCAGAAUACGAACCACACCUUCAACUAUGAACCUUUUCCCAGUUGGCAUAUUUGGAACUGACUCGUGUCAGACAGUUAUACCAACUGUCUCAGCAUCGUUACCAACGUCAAUGAAUCUUGUAUCUAGUAUGAGUAGUAUUCCACUUCAAUUGUUUAGCGAGGGUAAUAGACUGACGAAAAACGAACGUGACUUAUUAGAAGCAGCACAGAAAGGAGACAAAGCUACAAUUCUACGUUGCCUGAAAAACACAGAAGACCCUGUCAAUGUCAACGUCACGGACAUCCUGGGCAGAAGUGCUUUGCAGAUGGCUGUGGAUAAUGAAAAUAUUGAAAUUGUUGAAAUUUUAUUAGCACAGGAAAAUGUUUUUAUAGGAGAUGCAUUACUUUAUGCAAUUAAGGAGGGCGUAUACAAGAUGGUGGAAAUGAUGGUCAAUCACCCCAGUAUUAGUGUUGAAAUGCUCGGGGAAGGAUGGUACGAUAUGAAGAACAGCCUUAAAACUGAUAGCUCAGACUAUUCUCCUGAUAUAUCACCAAUAAUCUUAGCAGCUCAUGUAAAUGAGUUUGAGAUAUUGCAACUUCUUCUCACUCGAGGUGCUUCAAUUUUUAAACCGCAUUCUGUCAUCUGCGAUUGUGAUCAAUGCAAGGUACGACAAAAACACGACAGUCUAAGAUAUUCGCUAAAGAGAAUCAAUGCUUACAAGGCUCUUGCAAGUCCAGCAUGGAUGGCUUUAACUAGCAAUGACCCGAUAUUGACAGCUUUCAGACUAAGCUGGGAACUGCAGCACAUGGCAAUGAGAGAAAAUGAGUUUAAAGAUAUAUAUCUUACGCUCUUGGAACAAUGUAAAAGGUUUGCUGUAGAUUUACUUGACCAGUGUAGAAGCACAGAAGAAGUUGUUGCAGUCAUGAAUAAAACAAAUGAUUCCGAAGAUCAAUUCGAUGAAGAAGUAGACAGUGGUAACUUAACACUCUCUCGAUUGAAAUUAGCUCUGAAAUACGAACAGAAACAG